ACAUAUUAAAACUAAUAAAUAAGAAAAGUGCAUAAAAUGCGCCAUAUUCUAAGCAUUAUCUAUGCACAUAGAUGUAUGCUUGUGGAAAAUUAUAAUCGUUAGCUGAAUUGGCAUGCAUUUAAACAAAUUUCGAGUAUUAGCUAAAUUCCAAAAAAGUAUUUGUGGCUGCAAUGAGCGGAUACCAAAGCCUCCGGCUUACUAUGUACAACUAUCCCCGAUUGUCCAGAAUCGGAUGGGCCAAGGAUUUCACCAAAGGUAUAAGGUGAGAAAUUAUAAUACAUGUUUGAGCCAAGCAACAUUCUACCAUCGUUGGAUACAUGGCUGUUGUAAAGACGAUGGCGAUGGCAUUCAGAAGGAAUUGUCUGAAAUUAGGACAUAUUUGAGCAAGACGAAAUGCUCAGAGAGGAAGUACGAGUUUUUGUUAGCUCUACGGGAACACAAUAUAGAACUGUAUUAUCGCUAUUUUUGCCGAAACCCAUCUCAAGUAGUAUCGAUCCUGAGAAAUGCCAGGGGUUAUGACUAUGAGGCGAUGCCAGUCAACGACCAAUAUAAGGAAACGAAAAUGCCUUGUACAUCAGGAUUAGACCUACGUAAGCUUGUCGGGCAGCGACAUAUUCCUACUGAAUCGAGUACAGAUAUAGUGGGUAUUAAGCGACAGAACUUAGGCGAUGGAAAAACAAACGACCAAGGCGAAUUGUCUGAAAUCAAGACAUAUUUGAACAAGACGAAAUGCUUGGAGAGGAAGUACGAGUAUUUGCUAGCUUUGCGGGAACACAAUAUAGAACUGUAUUACCGAUAUUUUUGCCAAAACCCAUCUCAAGUAGUAUCGAUCCUGAGAAAUGCCAGGGGUUAUGACUGUGAGGCGAUGCCAGUCAACGACCAAUAUAAGGAAACGAAAAUGCAUCGUACAUCAGGAUUAGACCUACGUAAGCUUGUCGGGCAGCGAAAUAUUGCUACUGAAUCGAGUACCGAUAUAGUGGGUAUUAAACGACAGAACUUAGGCGAUGGAAAAACAAACGACCAAGGCGAAUUGUCUAAAAUCAAGACAUAUUUGAACAAGACGAAAUGCUUGGAGAGGAAGUACGAGUAUUUGCUAGCUUUGCGGGAACACAAUAUAGAACUGUAUUAUCGCUAUUUUUGCCGAAACCCAUCUCAAGUAGUAUCGAUCCUGAGAAAUGCGAGGGGGUUGGACCAUGAGGCGAUGCCUCAUACAUCAGGACUAGAGCUAAGUAAACUUGGCGGGCAUCAAAAUAUUCCUACUGAAUCGAGUAUGGAUAUAGUGGGUUUUAUGAAUCCACAGAAUUUAGUUGAUGGCAAAUUGACCGACAGCAUCCUUGGAAAGACAACAAAGUUCGAUUUUGCAUCUGAGAAUCGAGAAGCACGAAUGUUUCACAAGGAAAAAUGCAAGGAAGUUUACAAAUACGGUCGCAGAAACCCUAACCUCUACAAGGACAAGGGCCUGGCCGUCUUCACCAGCGGUGGCGACUCCCAGGGCAUGAAUGCCGCAGUGCGUUCCUGUGUGCGUAUGGCCAUCUACUUGGGAUGCAAGGCCUACUUCAUCCGCGAAGGCUACCAGGGCAUGGUAGAUGGCGGUGACAACAUUCAGGAGGCCAACUGGGCCUCGGUGUCCUCCAUCAUCCAUCGCGGCGGCACCAUUAUUGGCUCCGCCCGCUGUGCGGAUUUCCGUGAACGCGCUGGUCGCCUCAAGGCCGCCAAUAAUCUGGUGCAGAAGGGAAUCACCAACCUGGUGGUGAUUGGCGGUGAUGGUUCCCUCACCGGUGCCAAUCUGUUCCGUCAGGAGUGGUCCAGCCUGUUGGAUGAGCUGGUGAAGAAUGGCACCAUCACUGCCGCCCAGCAGGAAAAGAACAGUGUGUUGCACAUUGUGGGAUUGGUUGGCUCUAUUGAUAACGAUUUCUGUGGCACGGACAUGACCAUUGGUACGGACUCUGCUCUGCAUCGCAUCAUCGAAGCUAUUGACGCCAUCUCGAGCACGGCCUACUCACAUCAACGUACCUUCAUCAUGGAGGUUAUGGGUCGCCAUUGCGGCUAUUUAUCAGUUGUGGCUGGCAUUAUUUCCGAGGCAGACUAUGUCUUUCUCCCUGAAUAUCCUCCGCAAAACGAUUGGCCUGCUAAACUUGUGCUUAAGUUGGAACAGGAACGAUCGGCUGGCCAGCGUCUGAACAUUGUCAUCGUGGCUGAGGGAGCAAUGGACCGUGAGGGAAAUCCCAUUACCGCCGAGGAUGUGAAGAAGGUGAUCGAUGAACGCUUGAAGCACGAUGCCCGCAUCACUGUCCUGGGUCAUGUGCAGCGCGGUGGCAAUCCCAGCGCCUUCGAUCGUAUUUUGGCAUGCCGCAUGGGCGCCGAAGCGACUUUGGCUCUGAUGGAGGCCACCAAGGAUUCGGUGCCGGUGGUCAUCUCUUUGGACGGCAAUCAGGCUGUGCGUGUGCCGCUGAUGGAGUGCGUGGAGCGCACUCAGGCAGUGGCCCUGGCCAUGAAGGAGAAACGCUGGGCGGAUGCCGUCAAGUUGCGUGGCCGUUCUUUCGAGCGCAAUCUGGAGACAUACAAGAUGUUGACACGCUUGAAGCCGCCCAGGGAGUGCUUCGAUGCCGAGGGCAAGGGCAUCGAGGGCUACAGGCUAGCGGUCAUGCACAUUGGUGCCCCCUCUUGUGGCAUGAAUGCGGCCGUGCGCAGUUUCGUGCGCAAUGCCAUCUACCGUGGUGACGUUGUCUAUGGCAUCCACGACGGUGUCGAGGGUCUCAUUGCUGGCAAUGUGCGCGAAUUGGGAUGGUCGGAUGUGAGUGGAUGGGUGGGACAGGGCGGCGCGUAUCUGGGCACCAAACGCACCCUGCCCGAGGGAAAGUUCAAAGAGAUCGCUGCCCGUUUGAAGGAGUUCAAGAUCCAGGGCCUCCUCAUCAUCGGUGGAUUCGAGAGUUACCAUGCAGCCGGACAGAUUGCCGAUCAGCGCGAUAACUAUCCACAGUUCUGCAUCCCGAUCGUGGUCAUACCCUCGACGAUUUCAAACAAUGUGCCCGGCACGGAGUUCUCACUUGGCUGCGACACGGGCCUGAACGAGAUCACGGAGAUCUGUGACCGUAUCCGUCAGUCGGCCCAGGGCACAAAGCGUCGUGUGUUCGUUAUCGAGACAAUGGGUGGCUAUUGCGGCUAUUUGGCCACGCUGGCUGGUCUGGCCGGUGGUGCGGAUGCCGCGUACAUUUACGAGGAGAAGUUCUCCAUCAAGGACCUGCAGCAGGAUGUCUACCACAUGGCCAGCAAAAUGGCCGAGGGCGUCUCACGCGGCCUGAUUCUGCGCAAUGAGAAGGCUUGCGAGAACUACAGCACAGACUUCAUCUAUCGCCUCUACUCGGAGGAGGGCAAGGGUCUGUUCACCUGCCGUAUGAACAUCCUCGGCCACAUGCAGCAGGGAGGAUCGCCCACACCCUUCGACCGCAACAUGGGCACCAAGAUGGCGGCCAAGUGCGUGGACUGGCUGGCCGACCAGAUCAAGGCGAACAUCAAUGCCAACGGCGAGGUGAACUGCAAGGCUCCCGACACCGCCACCUUGCUGGGCAUUGUGUCGCGCCAGUACCGCUUCAGUCCACUGGUCGAUCUUAUUGCCGAGACAAACUUUGAUCAACGCAUACCAAAGAAGCAAUGGUGGCUGCGUCUGCGUCCGCUGCUGAGAAUUCUUGCCAAGCACGACUCUGCCUACGAGGAGGAGGCUGCUCGCCUCGGUCAACACAACACCGUCUAUUAACGGACAUCAUCAUUCGCAUGUUAUCGUAAAUUGUUGGUUUAUCUACGCCCAGCUAUAUUAAAUGUUAAACUAUUUAUACAACAAUUUAUCGUAGUGUAUGGAAAAAUUCUCCCAAAAAUGUUACUCCACACCAAAUGUUUUUCCGAGUAUUGUUAUGGAACCGAACAAUGAAAUAUUUAUAUCAAAAAUCUAAAUAUAUGCAUACAUACUCAAAGACCUUUAGUCACGUGUAUAAAAGUUGCCCA